AUGGAUCCUAGCACCCGACUCAUGCAGAUUAUCAAAGAAAUGCGGGUAGAAAUCAACAGACUAGAGAAAGAGAAUCAUGACCUCCGGGUGAAGCUGACUUCAAUUAGUCAGACAGCCACUAGCUCGGGGAGAGAAUCAGGAGAUGAAACGGAAGAAGCUGCGUGUGGCCAGUGUCCGGGGACCAUUCAUGGUGGUGUUCCCGUCGAUUCUACACCAGCUGUGCAGGAACAACAAGGCAACGUCAUGAUUGUUAGACGCUACGCCAUUUCUCCAUCAGUUCACUCAUAUGCAGCAAAUGACCCCUGGAAAGCAAGCAAUAGACUUUCCAAUGAUGGAACGGCAUUGGCAUGGUCUUCAACUAGAAAGCAAGACAAUGAAGAAAAGAUGUUAGCCGCAGACGCUUACAGCAUCAACAGCUCCAGCCAGAAAGCUCCUUCUGAUCACAGUUUUGUUUACAGGGAGAAGACAAAAACAGUCAGUUUCCAGUUACCCGGGGAUGGGUCAUCAGUUCCCAAAAAUUCAAAUUCUUUGAAGCACUCAGCAAAUCAGACCACAAACCAGCUAAGCAUCAUCGCAGAAAAGGAUGUGUGA